AUGAUGGAAAGUUUUCUUGCUUCAGUUGAGGAAAAUGUAAAAUCUGAAGGAGAGGAUGUGAAAGCUGCUAUAGUACCCCUAUUGAAACUUAUAGCCCUUACUCUCUUUGGUUUAAUUCUUGCUCACCCAAAAGUCCAACUUGUCCCCAAAGCUACUUUCAAGCUCCUUAGCAAACUUGUUUUUGGUUUGUUCUUGCCAUGCUUAAUAUUCACUCAGCUUGGUCCAUCCAUCUCUCUCAAGAACAUUGGUCACUGGUGGUUCAUUCCUGUAAAUGUAAUCAUCAGCACUACAAUUGGUUGCAUAUUGGGAUGCUUGGUGGCGUUUAUAUGCCGGCCGCCAAGAGAGUUUGUUCGGUUCACAAUCAUCAUGACUGCAUUUGGCAACACUGGCAAUAUUCCCCUUGCAGUAGUUGCAUCAGUGUGUCACAGUUCUGAUGCUCCUUUUGGUCCUGAUUGUUAUGGAAAUGGAAUCGCUUAUGUAUCUUUUUCUCAAUGGGUUUCUGUUAUUCUUGUUUACACUCUUGUUUACCACAUGAUGGAGCCCCCAUUGGAGCAGUAUGAGACUGUUGAUGAAGGGGUAGAAAUUGAGGAAGUGCCUGUUGAUCUCAGCAAGCCACUCCUUGUAGAAGCUGAGUGGCCGGGAAUAGAAGAGAAAGAAACUGAACAUAGCAAGACGCCUUUCAUUGCUAGGCUCUUCAACAGCAUCUCUGGCAUUUCACAAACAAAUUUUCCUGAUCUUGAAACAAUAGAAGAGGGAGCAGCGGAGGGAGGUGAAAGUAGUGCCCAGUCCAUUAGGUGCUUGGCAGAGCCUAGGGUGGUUAGAAAGAUGAGAGUUGUUGCUAAACAAACACCAAUUCAUCACAUUCUUCAGCCUCCAACAAUUGCUUCUUUCUUAGCUAUUGUUAUCGGAGUGAUUCCUGCUCUCAAACAUACUGUUUAUGGUGCUGAUGCUCCUCUUGGGGUUAUCACAGACAGUUUAGCUAUGAUGGCUGAGGCCACGGUGCCUUCUGUCAUGCUUGUUCUUGGGGGAGUGCUCGGUGAGGGUCCAAAUGAAUCGAAACUUGGGAUUCGGACCUCAAUUGGCAUUAUUGUUGCAAGGCUUUUGGUGCUUCCAGUGAUUGGAAUUGGGGUCAUCUAUUUGGCUGGUAAAUGGAAUCUUCUAAUCGACGGGGAUCAAUUGUACCGAUUUGUGCUUUUGCUGCAGUAUACAACUCCUAGCGCCAUUUUGUUGGGAGCCAUUGCAAGCUUAAGAGGUUAUGCAAUUAAAGAGGCUUCAGCACUUCUCUUCUGGCAGCAUGUGUGUGCUGUGGUCUCUCUUUCGAUAUACAUCAUUGUCUACUUUAAGCUGCUGCUUUCGUACAUCUAA